AUGCUCGUUGAUGGAGGCUCAAUCACCCAAUUCGCCUGGUUCAGCGACAACUCCCCACCGAAUUGGCCAGGCUUGUGUCGGGGCUGUGAGAAGACCGGACUAGUUUGUGAAGUUUCUGCUACACUCAGGAGACAAACGAAAGUGCGAGGAUUCACCUCGAAUGAACAACGACUAGAGCAGCUUCAGGCCGAGUUGGCAAGAUGCCAACAAAAGCUCAAGGCAGAACAAGAUCGAAGCUCGACUCUUCUACAGAAGUUAUCACGUCAAGAACAGCUCAGGCUUCCACUUGAGCCAGAAACAAGCGCAAGCUUAGUCGAGCCUUCAGUGCCGGUUCCGGCCGAGAGACGUCUUGCUGACGACCCAACAUAUGUUAUCAAGCAUAUGGGUCGAUUGGUUCAUGAUGAAAAAGGCGUCGGUCGAUUUGCGGGCUCAACCACUGGUGUUCAUAUUGUUUUGACUGUUGAGCAAGAAUGUCAAAAAGCACUCAAUCUUUCAGGCGUGUUUGCGGAAAGCUGCUUCCGCCUUUUUUUGGCUGAACCCUCUCCCAAUAGAGAAUUUUCUCUAGCGACAGUCUCUUCGGAUGAUCACGAAAUGAUCAGACAGUGUCUAGCUUAUCCGUCAACAUAUUACUGUCAGCAAGCAGAUGCCUUCAUCCAGAAAUGGGAAGCAUUCUGUCCCGUCCUUGUGAGAAAUCAACUCAUGGCAGAUAUACGGGAUUUGAUGAACACAAUACAUAAUCCAAGUGGUCACGAUGCCAUUGAUUACUCCGCUACAUUGACAUUGCUUAUGAUCUUGAACAUCGAUGAAUCUGUUGCCGAUGCCACACGUCAACUUCAUGAACGGAGUCCAGAUUUUCUCCAGAGACUUUAUUUGGCCGAUAGCUUGAUUGAUAAGGUUGUUGGUCAAGGAAAUCUCAAGGCUCUGCAGGCUUUAUCGCUUUUUGCGCUUUACAAUCAACUAAGUGGUCACUGUCUUACUCUCACAACCCUCAACGGCACGAUCGUCAGCCUUGCUCAAUCUUUGGGCCUCCAUAGACAUGCAAGGCGAUUCAAAAUGGGGAUUGGUGAAAUCGAGCUUCGGAAACGCUUGUGGUGGUGGGUCUACGUGUUCGACAGAUUUACUUCUAUUCUUCACGGACUACCUCCCCUUAUCAAUGACGUCGAUGUUGAUAACGACCUACCCAUUGACUGUCAUCUACAUGACUUAGAGGCUACGGAGCUUUCUCAUCCCUUGCCCGGGGAAAGAACCGCUGUAUUUGUGUUUCUGCAAUACGUGAGCCUCGGUAGAAAGCUCUCAAGAAUCCUUGAUCUUCUAUAUACAACGACACAGCGACGUGAUGGCGCAAGAAAAAUCACGGACUUAGACCGUGACCUUCGAGUGUGGAAUCAAAAUCUCAAAGCAAAUGGUAUUAUUUUUGACAUUGGGAAUACUGGCCUGCAGCAUUCAUCCGGUGGUACCAACCAUUCCUAUGAGAGCACGACUAUAUGGCUCCAACUCAUGGCAAAUAUAACCAUGACUUUAAUACAUCGCCCUGGCCUUUCAUUCGACGAUACAACACCAGAGUUUGGCAAUUGUCUCAGGGCAUGUCUUGAUUCGGGCAGUGUCGUUUUGUCCUUGGUUGAAACAUCCAACAUCCCAAAGUGGCUCCGAAAUCUGAGUCUGGUCGGACCUGCUGCAAUCUUUCAAUCUGCCCUCGUUCACAUCUAUUCUCAACUCAAAUAUCGCACGUUCAAGCCAGAUGGUUUGCCAGCGCUUGAUACUAGCAUGGGCAUGAUUUCGAAAGGAAUCUCCAUCUUGACAAUGGAGAGUUCUCGAGCCACUCAAGCUCAGGGAGGCUUCUACUCUGAAUCUCUCAAUGAGGUAAUUAAAGCUUUGCGAACAUUACUUUCCUCACUUCCAGUUGCGCAAGGGUUAUCGGAGACUCCUCAUGUGGUGAAUGAUGGCGUUCCCAUCAGUGAUGUGGCCGACACUUUUGACGAGCAAAACUGGAGUGGCAACGCAUUAGACGCUUUGAACUAUAUGACGGCUUCUGACUGGAUGGGUGAUCCAUCUGGCCCAUUCAUGGGGUUCAUGGAUUUGGGCGGGUCAUAA